GCCUCAUCGUCCGAAUUCCUCCUUUGGGAUCCUCCAUUGGGGCCGCGGAGCCCUGUUGGAGAGGGUCUGAUUACCGCGGACGCCCUGCCCCAGCCGCAGCAGGGACUCAGUGCGAGCGCAGCGGCAUGUGCAAGCUGUGAGCGCAGAAUAGGAGGACAAGGGUGAGGAGGACGAAGGAAGAGGAGGAAGAGGAGGAAGAGGAGGAUGAGGACCAGAAGGAACGCAUGUCCAGUAGCGUCCCCCACGAAGCGGCGUGUAUUAAUACGACGUGGCCAAGCGGCGUGACAGCCUGCGCACGCGACCGCUGAGCCAGAGGGACAGAGAAAUGUACGAAGUCCCGAACUUGGUAAGGCCGUCCCGCGCCUCACUGCAUGGCCCAUUAUCCCAGCCCUCCCAUCAGUGACGUGGACUGGUAGGAUACGGUUCUAUUCACAUAGCUUGGGAACAUCACACGCGAUCUGAUCCCGUUGGAGAUGGCCGUGUAAAUUCAAGACGACGGGAUACAAAAAACUGGCGCAUCAUAUUUUUUCACUCGGCUGAUGCCGCAUCUGGCUCUACUUCCCUGGAUGUAACAGCUCUACUUACCAUAUGCUUGGCACCGGCGCGCCUGCUAUCCAGUGUGGCGGCCGAAUCCGAACUUGCAAUCGGGGCGUCAGAGACGGCCUAACAAAACAAUCAGCACGCAGAAGAGAGAUGCGGAAGCUAACAAAAAACAGCAAAGGAGUUUGGCUGGCAGCGGCAUGUUCAAGUCCCGUGGGCUUGCUGCAACCACUUCGUAAGCGGGCGAGGGCCGAAAAGCGAGUCCACUCCAGCUCGAGGGGGGGGGGUGCUGUAGGACGCCGCCCAUUGGCAAGGGCAGGACGUGGCGUGGCACGAAUUCAUGAAUGGAUCAACUUGUAAGCGCAAAUCUCUUGCGCCAACGACACCAAGACUAUUGAUCACGCAGCUCACCCCUAUGAGAUGAUGAGUCGGAAAGCGAACGUGACUGCACCGUCAGUGCACAAGACAAAAAAAUCGGGCACCGCGCAAUAGCUUCAGAUGUGGGCAGCUCGAGGUAGUUCCAGCACCAGCCGUGAUGAUUCCUGUGGUACUUCGCGGGGCCAGCCCGCGAGGGAUCCACGCGGUGCGGCAGCGGCACACGAAGGGACCCUGCCUCGGCGCCGGCCACCAGAGACAGCUCGGCACAGUCCGCGCUGACGUCCAGCUCGACGCUCCCCACGUCGGCGUGGACCGGGACUGGACGGACAGCACUAGGAGCUCCGCCACCACGGAGAUGGCGUGGCGCCAGGGCGCCUGCCGCGGCACAGGGCCGGCCCCUUUUGCGCGACGAGGGUCCCACGUGGCCUCCCCCGCCGCCGCAGCCUCGGCGACGCCGCCCUCGCCUCCUGCCGCCCGACGCUCCUCCGCCGCGCCCGCACCUCUGCCUUCCGCGGCGGCGGGAUCCGAGGCCGCCGCUGCCGCGCCCGCGACCGUGGGCUCCCUCGGACAGUCCCGGCUCGCGCCCUGCGGCACCGCGCGCCCCGCCGCCGCCGUGAGCUCGGGGUGCCACCCCAGCCUGGCCGUCUGCGCCUGCCACAAGGAGCCGCCGUCCCAGAUCGCGUGGCACGAGCGUGCAUACUGGGCAGCCUCCUUGGUCUCACGCCAUGCAAUCUUCUGUCUCGAUCUGGGGCUACCCUUGAAAGCCCUGUAGGCAUGCUUAACAUAUUGAGCGGAGCAGUUUGCAUGGGAAACGCUGCUGGUCGAGAUCUCGUCGUAGAGUUCACAACAGCGACGGUAAGCCUUUGCCGCUAGAGCAUGGUCCAUCCAAGACCGUGCGAGCUGAUUUCGAGCGAAGGCUAUACCGAUCCAAACUGGUAGAAAGGAGCUGCAGAGCAGCUUCUCCAGCAAAGGAUACAGCGUGGUCAACCAAGCAGGUUCCCUUGUCGGAGGACCAUACAACUCUUCGCAAGCCUCACGCAGGGACGCGUCCUGCUCCAGUUCGCGGGCCUUGCUCAGAACAGCCUCGGCAACUAUCUUCUCUACUGAUUGUGCAAGCGCAUUGAAGGCGUCGAGUGCGUGCCCAAGCUGUGAUGGAUUGAUUUGGGCUGUGGCUCGCGUGAGCUGGUCCAUAAGAGGUUUCGCUUUGGCUACUGGGAGCAGAACCUCCUCCACCCUGCAUCGGGCACACGUGCAAGCAAACCCAUAACCAAUCCCGCACUCGCCACUGAGUUCUCCUUGUCGAGUCUGCAAUGGCCGAGUCGAGCUGAUAUAGGUGUCAUAAAGCUCGCUACCAGCCUUGAGCGGCCGCGUAGUGCGACAGAGCAUCAUAUCGCCGACAAAGACGUGCUCCACAUUCGCUCGGCACGAAUGGUUCAUGAACGAGGGUAACAACCAAACACCACAUAUGUCAUCAGACAUGGGCUGACCAUUUUCAGACAUCGAGUCGCGCGAAUGCAUGUUGUGAGACAAGAUCCUCUUGAUGCGCUCAACGUCAAGCUCUUGGGCGGCGACUUCCUCUCGCAACGACUCCCGCUUCUGUGGCCGCCCCUCUAUGUUGAGCGAUUCAGGCACAGCCUCUCCUCCAUUGAACCCGUCGUAGAGACAAAAAAAUAAAUCUGCCUCUGCCUGAGUACCAGAGCGUAACCGCGCAACCGCGGCGCGUAGCAUGUUCUUCUUCUGGUCAAAGACAAAAGCUUUCUGGGCGAAAACGAGCUCGCCUCUGCCCAUGUCCCCCUCGACGACAAGACCACGACCCUUUCCAGGGAUGAGGCGAACCCUACAAAGGCGGUGACAGAAAGAGGCGGUGGGAAGCACUAGAGACUCCAAGCCUCCAGCUGGCUUUCCAGAGGUAAGGCCAGGAGGGUCUGCCCUGUAGAGCUCAUCCCACUGAUACUCACCAUGCAGCUGCUCUGCCACGUGCUGCAAUGCCACCUUCCGGCCGCUCUCACAACUUUGCUUGAGGCGCGCGUGAACCCCUAUUAGAAUACACAGGGAGGCGGCCUUCGCAAAAGAGUCGGCACUCCGCUGGUAGAGUCCCACUGCAUCCUCGCAGAGGCCUCGCUUGUAAAGCACUUGCGGAUUCCACGGGUCCAGACCUGCGGCAGUCUCUGCGGCAAGGAGGUGCUUCAAAUGGAGCCCCGAGGGAUGGACAUGAUGGUGACCGCAAGCGGGAACAACCAUGUGACCUCAGCAGAUUGAGCCAGAACGACUCGAGCCGCGAAUGGCACAGGAGGGCCU